AUGAAGAAAAUUUAUCACCGUAACAUGUUGCGUGCCAUUGUUGAUGAUGCUAAUGAAGACAAAAACUUGCAGGAAAUCAUCAAAACUUUCACAGUGAAGGACGCAUUGUUUAUGAUCGUCGACGGUUGGGAUAAAAUAAAACCUUCGACCAUUCAGGGGUGUUGGUUCAACGGUCUUCGCGUUGGUAACGAUCGUAGCAGUGACGUCAUUACUAAUGGCGACUUCGUCAACACAGACAUCGUGGAAAGUUGCCGUGAGCUCGGACUUGGCGAAUUGAACGCAACUGAGAUCGAUGAAUGGAUCAGUAGUGACAACAACAUCAGUUCAGAGACAUUUUCCGAAGAGGAAAUAAUCGACAUUGUGACAAAUAAAACACAAGAGACAGCCAUUGAGGAAGACAUCGCAGAAAAGGAGAAUUUAGCACCAGCCAAACCCCCGAUCUCAGUUGCCGAUGCCGUCAAUGGGUUACAGCUUUUCAUGGACUGGUACGAAGCUCAAGAUACCGCGGAACCUAUCAAAUUAAUGCAACUUCACCCAAUGCAGG